AUGGAGGAAAAGUCUCACGGAGUGUGUGCAGCUCCAGUGGAGAAGCAGCAGCGUCUACAGAUAAUCAAAGACAAGAUUGAAGCCAGGGCCGAGAUCCUUUCUCGCCCACAGCGUUUUGCCAGCAGCAGGGCACUUUCACGACGGGAGAUGGAAAUUGAACAAGCGCUGUUUCAGGGGAAUGAUCGUCUGGGGUUUCUCACCGCACUUUACCACAGAGACCAAUCAGACAACCGGACCAAGCCUCUGUCAGUACAGCAGGAUGGACAUUCUGAGACGUUAGAGCAGCAGCAUCAGAGGGAACGUCUGGACCAAGAGGAGGAAACACAACAACAGGAUGCUCAAACGAAGGUAGAAAUAAAUCAGCCAAUCGGCAGCCUGCGAGGAACAUCAAAGGCAGGGUCUGCAGAUCCGCUGACUCUCAGGGGCCAGAUUGACAAGAUCACAAAUGAAGAAAUCCGACAGAACCGUGAGUCUGAUGACGGGAUCCGAAGUAUUCCGAGGUUCUAUAACUACCAGCCAGGAAAUCCCUCAAAGGUGCUCUGUGUCAAGAACCUCAGUGCACAGGCCUCAGUGGCCCAGCUGGUGGCGCUGUUUUCCAGAUUUGAGCCAGAUAAGGGACCACCUAUUAUUUACAAGUUGCUGACGGGAAGAAUGAAGGGUCAGGCCUUCAUCACUCUGUCAGACCCCGAAAUGGCCCAGAAUGCAUUGCAGUUGAUCCAUGGAUACCGGCUGCUUGGAAAACCACUGGUGGUGGAGUUUGGCCGAGAGAGACCGGAAUUAGAAUCCAUGGAUACCGGCUGCUUGGAAAACCGCUGGUGGUGGAGUUCGGCCGAGAGAGACCGAACUCUCGAACACUCGAAUUAG